AUGACAGGUGUAGAGUAUCCUACGAUACGCUGUGGUCUGGACAAAGGCCUGGACACGGAUCUGGAGCAGGACAUGACUUUCUCUGUAGCUGUCCUCCACAUCUGUCUGGCCCGCCGCCAGACUAAUAAAGGUGUGAGGCAGCCUGAGCUGAAAGGCUCCAGGUGUCUUGUGUGUCCCGUGCCCAGACGCUCUGCCAACCCCGGUGCUUCUGGGCCACGGUGGCAUUGUUCUGCGUGGCCCAUUGUGUGUGACCCUGGUUCAGAGGGAAACAGCUGGUGGAUCCUCCAGUACCAGCCUGCUUGGCACGGAGACUGGGCUCAAGCCACGGUGUUCCCAGAGUGCGGCUUCUUCGGCAUGUACGACAAGAUCCUGCUGUUCCGCCACGACUUAAGCGACGAGAACAUCCUGCAGAGGCUCACCUCGGCCGAGGACAUCCAUGAAGGAGACCUCAUCGAGGUGGUGCUCUCUGCUCAAGCCACAGUUGAAGACUUCCAGAUCCGACCACAUGGCCUUUAUGUCCAUUCCUACAAAGCCCCCACCUUCUGCGACUACUGCGGGGAGAUGCUAUGGGGUCUCGUCCGGCAGGGGCUCAAAUGUGAAGGAUGUGGGCUAAACUACCACAAGCGCUGUGCCUUUAAGAUCCCAAAUAACUGUACGGGUGUCAGGAAGAGGAGAUUGUCCAAUGUCUCCCUGCCCGGACCUUCCCUCUCCGUGCCCCGACCCCCACCUGUUGAAAACACCGUGGUCGUCCUGGACGAGCAGCAGAGGUCCCAUCAGGAGGCGGGGAAGCGGAUCCUGUCGUGGAGCGGCCGGCCUAUCUGGAUGGAGAAGAUGGUGCUGGGACGGGUUAAAGUGCCGCACACGUUCGCCAUUCACACCUACACCCGUCCCACUAUCUGCCAGUACUGCAAGCGCCUGCUCAAGGGUCUCUUUCGCCAGGGCAUGCAAUGUAAAGACUGCAGGUUCAACUGCCAUAAGCGAUGUGCGUCAAAGGUACCUAGAGACUGUUUGGGGGAGGUGGACUUCAAUGGAGAGCCAGCCAGCCCCGGCCCGGACUCGGACACCACCAUGGACACUAUGGAGGUGGACAGUGGGGAUAUGGACGGGGGCAGAGGACUGGACGACCCAGAGGAACCCUCCACCCCGGACGAAAGGAUGUUCGACAUGGACUCUCCCUUAUUGGAUAGAGAGAAGGACGAGGAGCCCAUCAAGACUAUUAGCCCUUCCACUAGCAGCAACAUCCCUCUGAUGCGGGUGGUCCAGUCCAUCAAACACACCAAGAGGCGGAGCUCCACUGUGGUGAAGGAGGGCUGGAUGGUUCAUUAUACGAGCAGGGACAACCUGAGGAAGAGACAUUACUGGAGGCUGGAAGGCAAGAGUCUGAGUCUUUUCCAGAACGACACCGGAGCCAAGUUCUACAAAGAAAUCCCUCUGUCGGAGAUCCUGCAGGUGGAACAGUGCAGAGACUACAGUAACCUGGCCCAGGGUAGCAACCCUCACUGCUUCGAGGUCAUCACAGCCACCAUGGUGUACUACGUGGGGGAGAACAACUGCAGCCUCUACCACAGCCCCGCGCUGGCCGCCUCGGGGGUCGGCAUGGACGUGGCUCAGGGCUGGGAGAAGGCCAUCAGACAGGCCCUGAUGCCCGUCACCCCCCAGCCCAGCGUGGCCAGCGCCACGGGACAGGGCAAAGAUCAUAAAGAGCUGUCCAUCAGCAUAUCUGUGUCCAACUGCCAGGUCCAGGAGAAUGUGGAUAUCGCUUCAGUGUACCAAAUAUUCUCUGAUGAGGUGCUGGGAUCCGGACAGUUUGGCAUUGUGUAUGGAGGCAAACACAGAAAAAGUGGCAGAGAUGUGGCCAUCAAGGUUAUUGACAAGAUGAGAUUUCCUACUAAGCAGGAGAGCCAGCUACGGAAUGAGGUGGCCAUAUUACAGAAUCUGCACCACCCGGGUAUCGUGAACUUGGAGUGCAUGUUCGAGACGCCGGAGCGGGUGUUCGUCGUCAUGGAGAAGCUGCACGGCGACAUGCUGGAGAUGAUUUUGUCCAGCGAGAAGAGCAAACUGCCGGAACGCGUCACCAAGUUCCUCGUCACGCAGGUCAGUGUUGCAAUGCAUUCACCCUCUCUUAACCCUACUUCUCUUUUGUCUUUUUUUAUCACCCCUCAAAUCUUCAGUGCUCUUUAG